AAGCGGAGCAGUCAGUUCAGUAAAAUACACUGUAAUAAUUGUAAGCUCUUGUUUUAAUAUGUCACACAUGCAGUAUUUCAUAUUAAUUAAUUUAAUAUGUCUAAUAGUUAGACAUGUUAAUUCGUCUUCGUGGUAUGAAGGAGUGCAUAGACAUACUGAUGCGUUUCACGGAAGAUCUGAUCACAAGCAUUGUGAAUGCGGAAACAAAAAUAUUUUAUCAUCUAGAAUUAUUGGAGGACGAGAAGUUCUUGAAAAUGAGUUUCCCUGGAUGGCUGGUAUAAUAAGUAUCAAUAGAUCGCAAAUAAUCUGCGGAGCAUCAAUUAUAAGCGAUCAUUAUGUUAUAACAGCAGCUCACUGUGUUAUCUACGGCCAAGAUGAUCUAAAAGUAUCCGUCGGCGCUCAUAAUUCAUGCAAAUGGGAUUCGAAAAGUACAAUAUUUUCUGUUAAUAGUAUUUUCCCACAUCCAAGUUACAACAGAGAUACAAAUUUUGCCGAUAUUAUGCUGGUGAAGUUAAUUAUGAGAAUUACUUUCAACAGAUUUGUUAAACCGAUCUGUUUGCCAAAACACGAACUAAAUGCAUUCUCUCAAUAUGAAAAGCAAUCCGUAUCUGCACUUGGCUGGGGAUUCUCAGAAAAUGACUCUUUAUUUAGUAAAGAAUGUGGUUUGCGUGUUGUGGAUUUAACAUUAUUUACACGAUCGGAUUGUCCUACUGAUAUCUCGACUUUGCUCUGCGCAGGAUAUAAAGAAUCACCACGAGGCACUUGUGGGGGUGAUAGCGGCGGCCCUCUUCAAAUAUUGAAUGAGAAUAAUAAAUACGUAUUGAUAGGAAUUACUUCAAGCGGAUUAUUAUGUGCCGAUAUUAACUACCCAGAUUUUUAUACUGAUGUCACACAAAUGGUUUCAUGGAUACUGCAAAUAACAAAACACGAUUCUAACUACUGUUGGCACUUCGACGGCAAAAGAGCUAGAAGAAGCGACAGAAGUCGCGAAGCAAUCAUGAAGGCUGACUUGGUUCUGACGACUGCAAUUGGCAUCUUUUUGAUCCUAGACGCGAUACGCGCGCAAAAGCGCUUACAACUGCGAAUAAAUCCAAAAUGCGAAUGUGGAGAAACGGGAGGAAUAUCGAACCGUAUUGUCGGCGGAAAGAUAACAAUUCCGCAUAUCUUUCCUUGGGUCGUGGCAAUACUCAAUAAGAGAAAUCUUCAUUGCGGAGGCACAUUAAUUAAUAAUCGAUAUGUAUUAACAGCCGGACAUUGUGUUAAAUGGACAAAUUAUGCCGAUCUCUCGAUUGGCGUAGGUAUGCACGAUAUCUCAAACUCAAACGAGGGAUUUAUAGCUGCAAUCGAUGAAGUAAUUUUACAUGAAGAUUUCGAGAGUGAUUAUCUUCAUGAUACAAAUGACAUUGCCUUGAUUCGACUACAGCGUUCAGUUAAAAUUGAUGAAAACGUGAGACCUGUAUGCCUUCCACAUAAAGGUUCUGAUUAUACGGAAAAAUAUGUCCAAGUUACUGGAUGGGGACGUGUUUCUGUGGCAGGAGAACCUUCUCAAUUUUUACGUCAAGCAACUCUAAAAGUAAUGUCUUUCGCAGCUUGUCAAAAUACUUCAUUUGGAGAUCAUAUCACGGAAUCGAUGCUGUGUGCUUACAAUGACAAUACUGAUUCUUGCCAGGGUGACAGUGGCGGACCACUUCUGUACGAAAGAACGGAUGGAAAAUAUGAAAUAGCUGUAUUACCUACAGCUAUAAGAUUUUCUCUACUAUCAUUCCAAGGUAUAGUCUCCUGGGGUAUUGGAUGCGCCGAUCCUGGAGUCCCAGGUGUAUACGUGAAAAACACAGAUUACUUAAACUGGAUAAAAUAUCAUAGCAAAGAUGGUACUUAUUGCGCGGAUAGAUAGGCCAUGUAACGGAUACUAAGAAAUAAAUGUAAAUUGAAUAUGAAACUUUAUCUUAAUAUAAAUAUUUAUUGGAUAUAGGUUCUUCAAUAGAUCGACAUUCUACGAAAUAAAUGUACCUACUUCAAAUUAUGAAUGUCACGAAAACUUAUGUUAAUUGUUAUUGGAAUGAUUAUUUUAAUAUCUUACAUGUAUAAUCGUUUAUUCACAGACUCUCAAAUACAAUAUCUUAUCAAUGUAUAA